AUGUACGUUUCGCUCCCAGCCCGCCCGCACGCCGCUGCGGCCCCGUCAUCCCGCCCGGGCUCCUCCUCCCCGAUCUCCUCCCGGGCUCCUCCUCCCCGGUCUCCUCCCGAGCUCCUCCUCCCCGGUCUCUUCCCGGGCUCCUCCUCCCCGGUCUCCGCCCGGGCUCCUCCUCCCCGAUCUCUUCCAGGGCUCCUCCUCCCCGGUCUCCUCCCGAGCUCCUCCUCCCCGGUCUCCUCCCGGGCUCCUCCUCGGCUCCUCCUCCCCGGGCUCCGCCCGGGCUCCUCCUCCCCGGUCUCCUCCCGGGCUCCUCCUCCCCGGUCUCUUCCAGGGCUCCUCCUCCCCGGUCUCCUCCCGGGCUCCUCCUCCCCGAUCUCCGCCCGGGCUCCUCCUCCCCGGUCUCCUCCCGAGCUCCUCCUCCCCGGUCUCUCUCCUCCCGGGCUCCUCCUCCCCGAUCUCUUCCAGGGCUCCUCCUCCCCGGUCUCCUCCCGGGCUCCUCCUCCCCGCCGCCUCGGAGGGCCGGGCGCGGUGCGGGCCGGGGGCCGAGCGGGGCCGAUGCUGCGGGGUGCCGCGCUGCUGCGCCGCGCCCUGGGCGGCGGCGGGGCCGCCCCGGGGCUGCCGCCGGGCCGCGCCUGGCGCCGGCCCGCGGCCGUGGCGGUGCCGCCGGGAGCCCGCGGGCUGCGCUGGGCCGGGAGAUUUUACCAGCAUGCCCCCACUGAGACCUCCCAAGCCACCCUCGCCAGCGUGUCUCCUGUUUUUGCAGUGAUGAAGUUUGACAAAGAGGGAAAUACUACCUAUUUUGAAAAGAAGAAAACAGAAUUGUACCAGGAGCUGGGUCUUCAAGCUCGAGAUCUGAGAUUCCAACAUGUGAUGAGCAUUGCAACCAGGAACAACAGGAUCAUUAUGAGAAUGGAGUUCUUGAAGGCUGUCAUAACACCAGAGUUUCUUCUGAUACUAGAUUAUCGUAAUUUAAGUCUGGAACACUGGCUCCUCAAUGAACUAGCAUCUCAGCUGGCUGGGGAAGGUCAACUAGUCACAUAUUCCCUGCCCUUUGAAUUCCGAGCCAUAGAAGCAAUUCUGCAGUACUGGAUCAGCAAACUGCAGGGAAGACUUAACACUUUGCAGCCUCAGAUCCUUGAGACGCUGGAAGCGCUAGUGGACCCCAAGCUUUUAUCUGUGGAUAGGAGUAAACUACACAUUCUUCUGCAAAAUGGCAAGAGCUUGUCAGAACUGGAAACAGAUGUUAAAGUUUUCAAAGAAACGAUUCUGGAGAUCUUGGAUGAAGAAGAAGUAAUAGAAGAACUCUGUCUGUCUAAAUGGACUGAUCCACAAGUAUUUGAGGAGAGUACAUCUGGAAUUGACCAUGCAGAGGAAAUGGAGCUGCUGUUGGAGAAUUAUUACAGACAAGCAGAAGAUCUUUUAAAUGAAGCUCGUGAACUCAGAGUACUAAUUGACGACUCAGAAAGCAUCAUCUUUAUCAACCUGGACAGCCACCGUAAUGUGAUGAUGAGGCUGAACUUGCAGCUGACCAUGGGGACUUUCUCUGUCUCUCUCUUUGGACUCAUAGGAGUUGCAUUUGGUAUGAACUUGGAGUCAUCCCUUGAAGAGGACCCCAGGAUAUUUUGGUUGGUGACAGGGAUUAUGUUCCUGGGAAGUGGUCUGAUCUGGCGGCGCUUACUUUCCUUCCUUGGGCGGCACCUGGAUCCUCCGCUACCUCCUCACGUUCCUGCCGUUUUGAAAAAAUCCCAACCAGCAGCUGGAAGAGUUGAGAUAAAGAGCAACCUUAAAGGAGAAACGUUUGGGCUGAGCAGAAGCACAUUAACAAACCAAUAGGAACAGCAGGAAUUAAAGAGACUUUAGUUGUUACAGGGUGGACUUUGGACACUUUCCUUGUAUUCUUCCUUACUGAAAACUGCAAGAAUUUCUAAACUUGCUAAUUUAAUAUAUAUUUUGUGCCAAAAACCUACAAUGAAAUUUUUAAUGUUCACGCAUAUAAGGAGAGAAACAUGAGGGCAAAUAGCAAAAUACUUUCUAUAGUAGUUUCACCUCCACCCCAUGUGUGUGCCUUUAGUUUUCUGUAUCACAUACAUGUACUUACUUUUUGGGCAUUCUCAUUUUUAGUGAUUCUGUCAAAUACUGCUUUGCUUAAUGGCCUUUCUAACAGAGAACAGAAUUUUAGGAUUAAAGAAGGAAACAGUCAGGAUUGAUCAAUAAUUCUGGUUCUGAACUGCAGAUGUAGGAAUCUGGCUUAAAAAAAAAAAUCCAAGAAUGACUUCUUGAAUGGAUAUUUAAGGCCCUAUUUAAUUGCAGAGAAGAGGUUUUCCAAAGCAAAGAAGCGUACCUGCAUCUCUCGUGAACCAUGACUUCUAUAUUGGCAGCAAUGAGAGAAAAGGAGCAAUAAAAGGCUUUGAAAUGUAGCUGCUGAUCUUGUAUAGUUCUUAACAAUUAGUUUAGGGCCCAAACAGCAAUUCUAGGAACAGGGCAAACGGGCCUAUGGAUAGUUCCCACUUGCAUUUUCCAUCUGACUCUUUCAAGACACAUUCAUAAAGCUGCAGUUUAACACCUCUUUGUAUUGCCAAAUUCAAAUUCUGGUAAAAAUCAUCAUGUGAGUUGUUAGUUUUUCUAAAGGUGGGCUCUGCUUUCUCCCUUCCCUCCAAGACAAAGCAUGGACUAGCCUGCACCACAGUAACUAACUUGGUUAGUUAAAGGUGUGGAAGUGUCAUGUCCUGUGCUAGGCUGAAGGAAGGAGUAAAAGCCUUAUGGCAACUAUUUCUGUUUGUUCUUAGGGUUUCUCUUUAGUUCUCCACUGGUUUCUCUCAGGUUGUAGAGGGAGCAUGAAAUGUAUCUAAAUCAUGCCGCAUUCUGUCCAUUUCUUCUUUGGGAUUUUUUUCAUCUAUCUGUAAUAAUACAGUGAGCAGCUCCUCGGGUGCUACCACAUAAAUCAUUUUACUGGCAGGGGUUGAAAAGACAGUAGCUGUAGCUGUGAACAUUCUUCUCAGGACUAAUGAGUCAAAGAUGGAAAUAAAAAGUUCAUAAAUUAAAGGUGUCCAGGCCUGUGAUUCUGGUUUGGUUAAAGUCUGUUGUAUGUAGUUACUUUCCAACAGUUCUUCUGUAUGUGACUUUAAGUACACAUACUAAUGGCAUGAGAAGAUGAGAAGGAUAAUGGGGCUUGUAAUGCUUUUGAGUUUUUAGCUGAUUUUUUUUUGCAGCCUUUAAGUUUAGCAGGUAAAGUAAUAAAAAAUCUCCCAACUGAGCAAUCCAAUGGAAAAAAAACAAUGAUUCACAUACUUUGGCUGAUAAACCUGAGGAAUCUCAGUGUGUGAAGGGAGAUAGAUGCUGAUUUUUCAAAUGAGCUGUAGUUUCUUUAGGCCAGAACUGCUAUGUGUUGGUGCAGCUGUUAGGGAAGCUUUCUCCUAGGUUUUUUUGCAGGGAGACUUCUGUGAACUCGUUUUGACUCUUCACCUGUACAUAACUGACUCAAAGCACAAUAAAAGCAUGGAGUGAAA